UAAAGGACUUUCUUACUGGUUUAAUUAGUUCUUGUCAUUGUCCGGCGGAGGGGGAUUAAACUUGCAGCGGUCGCAAAGUACCAGGAAAGCCAGUGCGUUGGUUAUAUUUUCAGGGAGCGCUUCGUUUGAGAAAGCUGGGGCUCUGUAGGCAGCAUAUAAGUUUGUACUGGUGCUCAAGACGCAUGUUGCCCUCGGUGUCCUGUUUGGCAUGCAUGUGUAAACGCUGUGUGUCGCAUUUCAGUUGUGUGCCACUUUGCGUUCGUUCAGGAGGAGCCGAGGUUAGGAUCGACUCCUUUAGCCAUGUUAGCUGCAACAUGUAACAAAAUAGGGAGUCCGAGCCCUUCACCGUCUGCAAUUUCGGAUAACUCCUCAUCGUUUGGAAAAGGCUUCCACCCGUGGAAAAGAGCCGCUGCGAGUAGCUGCAGCCUGGGAUCCGGCAUCUCCAGCUUCGGAGUGUCCCGCAAUGGAUCCGGCAUCUCGGACUCUUUCGGCACCAACAGCUCCACUGGAUCCAGUGCUUUUUCCCUCACUUCCGGUACAUCGUCUAGUUCACACUUUGGAAACGAUUAUUCUGUUUUCCAAGCCUCAGUUUCGAGCAACUCUCAAGAGUCCAGCCACCAGCCGGUUUUCAUCUCCAAGGUGCACACCUCAGUGGACAGUUUGCAGGGCAUCUAUCCGAGGAUGAGCGUUGCGCAUCCCUACGAGUCCUGGUUCAAAUCGUCUCAUCCCGGCAUCCCCACAGGAGAUGUCGGAACCACCGGAGCCUCUGCGUGGUGGGAUGUGGGAGCGGGAUGGAUUGAUGUUCAAAAUCCUAAUGGAGCAGCACUACAGACGUCCUUACAUUCCGGUGGACUCCAGACCUCCUUGCACUCUCCUCUGGGCGGAUAUAAUUCUGAUUACUCGAGUUUAAGUCACUCUGCUUUCAGUACAAGUCCCUCUCCACACCUGUUGACAACCGGCCAGCACCUGAUGGACGGUUUCAAACCGGUUUUAUCAUCUUAUCCGGACACAAGCCCCUCUCCAUUAACCGGGGCAGGUGGGAAUAUGCUCUCCGGGGGUCCACCUGCAUCUUUAGCGGGGUCUCCGAGGUCAUCUGCCCGGAGGUACUCGGGCAGAGCCACCUGCGACUGUCCAAACUGCCAGGAGGCGGAGAGACUCGGACCGGCGGGUGCCAGCCUCCGGAGAAAAGGUCUUCACAGCUGUCACAUCCCCGGCUGUGGGAAGGUUUACGGGAAAACGUCGCACCUAAAGGCGCAUUUGAGGUGGCACACCGGCGAGAGGCCGUUUGUGUGCAACUGGCUUUUUUGCGGGAAGAGGUUCACACGCUCCGACGAGCUCCAGCGACAUUUACGCACACAUACCGGGGAGAAAAGAUUCGCCUGCCCGGUUUGCAACAAGAGAUUUAUGCGUAGCGAUCACCUGAGUAAACAUGUAAAAACUCACAGCGCCGGGGGAUCCGCCGGCUCCGGCUCCGGGGGCAGCGGAGGAAAGAGGGGGAGUGAUACCGACAGCGAGCACAGCGCGCCGGGAAGCCCUCCGUGCCAUUCCCCCGACCUGUUGCACCCACCUGAGUCAACCCAGGGCGUAGGCAUGAACGGCCUCUAAAUCUCCCCUCAGUGAAACACAAACUGUAGAACAACAGAGUGUUGCGGUGGAAUUGUCCAAGAGGACAUGACAGUGGACAUACCGUGGUGUAUGCAAAACGCCUCAUCAAGGUCACAGAAUGAGAAAAUAGGCCCGUACGUUCCGUUGACUUUUUCUAAGACUACUAAUUCCAUAAUUCCAUAGCUGUACCAUCAGACACAUCUCAUUAAUACAUCUGCGGUGUGAACGUGUAAUCAAGUUCUUGUGGGCACACCGGGACAGGGCGCAACAAAAACCUAUUCCAGCCCGAUCCUGAAUACCCUCCAUGUUUUAUUUCCCAGGGUAUGAGACGCAACACACAGAGACCACCGCUGUGAAAGAUGUGGGCCUGCUAAGUUGUGCUAUCGCUGUCAUACAAUAUUGUUCAAACCAAACUCUGGCACUUUAUUACCGAGCAGGAGAAAUAGUUUUUGUCCCCCGAGGAUGGGCUGCUUGGUAGGAACAAAAACCUGUGGUAAGAUACGGGGUGGGAUGGUUUUCAUUAUAUCCGAGCUCCUCAAACGUCGCAAGUUUAUAACACACACUGCUAUUGAACCCGCAGCCUGCGGUAUGUGCGCCAAGUUUGUAAGUAGUCCAGUCGAGGUCACUCACACUUCACUUCGCUGCAAAAUGUGUUGUAUAUACUGAGAAAUGUAGGUUAGAAUAAUUACAGACCAAUGUAAAGGUGAGUAAUGUAUUUGUCCAGGAGACGAUUUUGUAUAGGUAUUUCUAGUUGUAUAUGGACUCUAGUAAAUAUUUGAAAAUAUACGGAAAUGUACUUGGAUUUUUCUUUGACAUGAUAUGAAAUGUAUUGUGGGGAGUUCUAUUUAACCACGACUUUUCUUGUAUUAGGGGUCUAUCUUUAGGCGCACUUUGAAUUUAUUUGUAACGAUUUGAAAUCAUUUACUGUUUGCCCACUCAUUUAAUUUAAGUAAGCAUGUUGUAAAGUGAUUUUGAUUUUACAAUGAUUUUUUUUCCGAGAAUGGCUUUUUAUGUAAGCCACUCAAUAAAGUCAGUAUGAAUUCAGAAGCAGCUCAUCGACUCAGUUUUAUUGAUUGUUGAGUCGAUCAAAUCCAUUUUUGCACCGACAAAACCAGAAAGUUUGAGAUUUUACGCAGCCUAGGAUUUGUUCUGCUGCACAUUUUCUUUAAUUAAUGUCAAAAAAUGUAGAUAGUGAGUUUAAUUAUCUCUGCGCAGCUGGUACAUGAUGGGAAAGGGCCUGCGGCAACAUCAGGGCCUCACCCACAAAUUAACUUCAAUUUCAGUAAUAAAAUUAAGCAGCUAAACGGAACAUUUACCUUUAAAAAAGAAAAGUAAAAUUAAGUUCUCUUGGAAUUUAAAUUUAGGCUAAAGUUCACUAACCUCGCUUCAUGUCUGUUUUUCUGUUGAGCGUAAAAAUGAAACCUCAAACUUCUCUGAGGCCGAAGUCAACACUGGUCAAACUUCAGGCCUAAUUGUGUUAAACCACCGCUUUCUAAAUCCUUAUUAAUGAUUAAUUACUGUGCGUUAAAUAUCUUUGACUGUUUCCCCACUGCAGGUUUUAUUUUUGUUCUCUUUGCAAUCAAACUUCCUCCCAGUCAAGAGAUAUUAUUAUAAACACACACACGGUUUGUUCAUUUUAAACUUUAAGCUGCUGAUAAAUGCGCAGUAGAUUUAGUGUUAACAUUUACAUGAUUGUAUUAUUGAAUGUGGUCUCUAAAUAUUUUAAUAGUGGAAUAAGGACAAUUUAUACUUUUGUUGUGAGCAGUCUUGUUCCCCUUUAGGCCGUGCUUAUUUUGACUUGAUGUCAAGUUGGACUAAAUCCCCUGCUUAUUACUAAAA